AAUCACAUGUACUAGCAUUAAGUCCAUAUAAUUCUGCACUAAAUUAAUAUGCGCCAGAUUCAUAUAAGUUUUUUACCAGAUUAAUUGGCCACAAAUAGAUUUAAGUAACAUGCCUAACAUUAGUUUAUUAAUCCUAACAAAAAAAAAAUCCAAGAAUAGUGAUUAGAAAAACAAUGGUAGUAAAGAGAUAGGAGAGAAAAGAAACUAAAUUAACCAUUAACUUAUCUCUCCUUAACCAUCAAAAAAAAAAUUAUGAAUGGUCUAGAGAGAAUAUUGGUGUAAUAGAAAGAUUCAAUAUUUCAAUGUAUAUAUAUAGAUAACUUUCAACCCAAACAAAAAUCUCUUACAUUAAACAACACCAAAAUUUUAUUUUUUCAAAAAAGUUUGUAAAAGGUGAAAAAAUGACGAGCAAUGAUGAUAAUAAUAUAGAAUUAACUAAAGAAUCAUCAAAUUCAGAUGAAAUUCUUCAUGAUUUUUUACCUUUUUUAAGAGUAUAUAAAGAUGGUCGUAUUGAAAGGUACAUCCUCACAUCACGUGAAAAACCGGGUAAUGACCCAAUUACAGGAGUCCAGUCCAAAGAUAUUGUAAUAUCAACGGAUCCAGAAAUAUCGGGCCGAAUGUUCCUACCCAAGAUUGAAAAUAGGCCCAACAACGAUGAUAAUAGCCCAAAGAAAAAUGGUAUACCAUUACUUGUUCAUUUUCAUGGUGGAGGUUUUUGUACUGGGUCAGCCUUUGGCCCAAUUACAAAACAAUAUUUGAAUAAUUUAGUUUCUAUGGCCCAAGUGAUGGCCUUUUCAGUAGAGUACAGGCUGGCCCCAGAGAGCCCAUUACCCAUUGCAUAUGAUGAUUGUUGGGCCGCUUUUAAAUGGAUAGCAUCUCAUGUAAAUGGUAAUGGGCCGGAUCCAUGGUUGAAUGAGUAUGUGGAUUUUGAUAGGGUUUUUUUAGGUGGAGAUAGUACUGGAGCUACUAUAGCUCAUGAUGUUGCAAUUAGAGCUAGUGUAGAACCUUUGGAGGGAUUGAAUUUUGUAGGAUUACUAGCUAUUCACCCGUAUUUCGGGUCGAAAGAACCCGAGAAGUUAAUAAAAUAUUUGGACCCGACCAGUAGCGGAUGCGAUGACGACCCUAGGAUGAACCCGGGUGUGGAUCCAAGAUUGUGUAAGUUGGCAUGUGAAAAGGUGUUAGUUUGUGUGGCUGAAUAUGAUAAGUUUAAGGAUAGAGGAAUAACUUAUGCUGAAAACUUGGAAACAAUGUGGGAAGGAAAGGUUGAAAUUGUGGAGACAUUAGGUGAAGGCCAUUGCUUUCAUGUGCUAGAUGCUACUUCCCCAAAUAUUGAGCAUUUCAUGGCAAAGUUGGCCUCUUUCAUAAAAUAG